GUGCUGGCUGAGGGAGGACGAGAUGUCGGUCCAGGAGCUGCUGCAGCGAGUGCAGUGUGUCAUCACACACAUCGAUGAGAUCAUGCAGCAGGACAUCAGACCUCUGCUGGCUGUGGACAUCAUCGAGCAGCUUCAUCGACAGUUUGCCGUGCUGGCAGGAGGGCGAGGAAAAGAUGGCGCCCCCAUCAUCAUGUUCCCAGAGUACUCAGGCUUCAGUGAAGUGCCAGAGGAGGAUUUCCUCAACGUGGUUACUUACCUGACCAGCAUUCCCAGCUUGGAUGCUGCCAGUAUUGGCUUCAUCAUCAUCAUCGACAGGCGAAAAGACAAGUGGAGCUCAGUGAAGGCCUCUCUAUCACGGAUCGCUGGAGCAUUUCCAGGAAACCUCCAGCUGGUGUUAGUGCUGAGACCAUCCAGGCUGUUUCAGAGGGCGAUAGCCGACAUCGGGCUCAAGCUGCACAAAGAUGACUUCAAGAUGAAGGUACCGAUUGUUAUGCUGAACUCUCUGUCUGAGCUGCAUGGCUAUGUUGAGAAGACUCAGCUGACCCGAGAGCUGGGAGGAAGUCUGGAGUACUCUCACAGCCAAUGGAUGCACCACAGAACUGCCAUAGAAAAUUUUGCCUUGACGGUGAAAAGCACAGCACAGAUGUUGCAGAAGUUUGGAACAGAGCUGGCAGAAACUGAGCUUCCCAACGACGUCCAGAGCACCAAAGACCUGCUCACUGCCCACACUGACAGACACAACAACCUCAAGGAUGAGCUGAAGCUGGCUCUGAGACAGGGUAGCACAUUGUCAUCCUGUAUCAAGGACCAUGCGGCCCGGUCAGAGAGCCAGCAGCCGAACCCAGACGAGCUGGAGAACCAGACCACGGUGGAACGGCUCCUGGCUCAGCUGGAUGAGACAGAGAAUGCAUUUGAACAGUUCUGGAGCAAACAUCAUGUGAAGCUGGAGCAGUGUCUUCAGCUGCGCCACUUUGAGCAGGACUUCAGAGAGGUCAAAGUGUGUCUUGACUCUUUGAUGGACAGCCUGAAGAACCUAUCUGAUACCGGAGAUUGUGUCGCCCGAGUGGAGCACCUGCUGAAGGAUCUGAAAACCCUGGAGGAGAAGGCUCAGCCUGCAGUAGAAAAGGCCCAGCUCCAUGCCCUGCAUGGGGACCAGCUCAUUCAAAGCAACCACUACGCCGUGGACUCCAUCCGACCCAAAUGUGUGGAGCUCCGACGGGUCUGUGACGACUUUAGCAAUGAGGCCAAGAAGAAGUCUGAGAUUUUAUCCAAAUCCCUGCAAAUACACAUGGGCAUCGACAAGGUUAACCAGUGGUGUGAGUCUGGCAUCUACUUGUUGGCUUCCCAAGCUGUAGACAAGUGUCAGUCUCAGGAAGGGGCAGAGUCAGCUUUAACAGAUAUUGAACACUUUCUGGAAACAGCAGAGAAGAACCAAAUAACAGAACUGAGGAACCUUCACAACCAGUUUGAAGUUGUCUUGUCGGAGGAUGUGAAGGGCAGUGUUAUGAAGGCUCUAAAGCGACUGGAGGAUGUUCAAGAGAUGUUUGAAAAGCGACAUGUGAGUCUCAAGAGACUGUCAGCUAAACAGCCAAGACCCAUUCAGCCUGUUGCCCCAAGACCCGAGUCAUCUCCAAAACGGCCUCCCCAGAAGACGUCCCCCAGGACCACAGGGAGCCAACAGCCUCCUAAUCGCAAAUCUUCAGAUAACUCCAGCAGUGUGAGGCCGCAAACUGAAACUGAUCCCAAUAAAAAGAAAAAUAUACGUAAGACUAAAGGGGGCAUCAAGAUUGAGGUGAUGCACGAGGAAAGCCAGGGAGGCUCCACCCAUGUUCCCAUGUCCAAUGAGAGUGAGGAGAGUCUCUCGAACAGGCGCAGACUCAUCAUGACUGAACUGAUUGAAUCAGAGAGGAUCUACGUGGAAGAACUGCAAAGCAUCAUGGAGGGCUACUUUGCUGAGCUGAGUAACUUGGAGAGGAGUCAUCAUAUCCCCCCAUCAUUGGAGAACAAGAAAGAUGUGCUGUUUGGCAAUCUGCCAGAGAUAUAUGAUUUUCACAACAAGACAUUUCUUAUGGAGCUGGAGAACUGUGCAGAGAACCCCGAGCUGGUGGGAACCUGUUUUCUGAGAAGGAAAGAAGAGCUUCAGGUGUAUGAGAAGUACUGUCAGAAUAAACCUCGCUCUGAGGUCGUGUGGAGACAGUGUGGAGACAGCCUUUUCUUUCAGGAAUGCCAGAAGAAACUGGACCAUAAACUGUCUCUGGAUGCGUACCUGCUGAAGCCUGUGCAGAGGAUCACCAAAUACCAACUCAUGCUCAAGGAGAUGUUAAAGUGUAGUAAAGGGGAAGGGAUGGCAGAGCUGGAGGAGGCUUUAGCCACCAUGUUGGACAUCAUCAAGUCUGUCAACGACUCCAUGCACCAGAUAGCGAUCACUGGAUUUGAGGGAAACCUGAGCGAACUGGGAAAGCUGCUGAUGCAGGGAUCCUUUAACGUAUGGACCGACCACAAAAGAGGCCACAGCAAGGUGAAGGACCUGGCGAGAUUCAAACCCAUGCAGAGGCACCUGUUUCUGUACGACAAAAUGUUGUUGUUUUGUAAGAAACGAGAAGAGAGCGCAGAAGGACACGAGAAGACUCCGACCUACAGCUUCAAACACUUACUGAAGAUGAGUUCAGUGGGGAUAACGGAGAACGUCAAAGGUGACAACAAAAAGUUUGAGGUGUGGUACAACGGCAGAGAAGAAGUGUACAUCAUUCAGCAGAGCGAGAAGUGGGCGUGGUUGAGAGAGCUUGCAGGUAGCUGA